AUGGACGUUCCCGAUAUCGUCGACCCCACCUCGGCCGCGGCUGUCGAUGCGACCAACACCACCGAUCAUGACAGCCCAGUCCGAGUAUUGGUGCAAACCCAAACGCACCAUGUUCCCGGCGAUAAGUCGACUAGGUUUGGAGAGAGAUCCAACGCGAUGUUGAGCCUAAUUUGCCAGCAUGUCUGGCAACGCGAGUUCGACAAAUUCCGUGAGCGCCCCUGGGACUACCACUGCCACUUUGCCCUGGACAACGUUGAGUGUUGGUUCCUGGUCGACCACCACGGCCCGGACCCAAUUCCCCCGGCGGAUCCCCCGAUUGUAUGGUAUCGAUGGACCGGAACAGAAUUUAUAACGAUACAGAUCCCGCUCCCUGGCAAAGUGCGUCGUGAGCUCCGGCAUUAUCCCUUUGAAAGGAUUCCGCACCAUUGCCUUAUUCAGAAGGUCCCUGUACGGCCACCUCGAAGGAUUUACAAAUCCCGCGACGAGGAAGUACGUGUAAAGCGACACAUGCUCCGUGGUACAUUGCUCGAGAACCUGUACCUGACCGACGAGCUUUUACAAUUUGCGCAGGAUUUCCCUGACGGGGCGGAAUGGGUCAAGGCACGGGUCCCACCGAAGCUUUGGGCGAAGGCCGAAGAGAAGAUGAAGCUAUUACUCGGGCCGGAAGGGCCAUAUUUAGACUAA